AUGGAAGAGACGGGCUUUGAGGAUGAAGUGGACGAAGCCGGGGCAACGGACAGCAGCAGGGACAGCACAGCCAGCCAGACCGCAGAGAAGGAUCUGGCUGGCACAGCAAAGGAGGCAGCGUCUGUAACGGGCAGCAAGAAUGCUCCACCAUGCAAGACCCCGCUCAUCUGCUAUGCAGACGGCCUUGAUCGGGACACCUUUAAAAUUUGCAAGGAGCUUUUGAGACCCUUCAAGAAGUCACUUAGGAAACUGCAAUUGCCCCAGCAUGUCCCCACAGAGAAAAAACUGAAGUACAUGAAGACAAGUUUGACCCUAAUCGGGGACCAGAUCGAUCUGUUUCUCCAGCGGCACUGCAGACCCAUGGAAGUCACGCACUGGCAGAAGAUGUUCUGGCGGUUCGUCUCCCUCUUCUCAGAGAUGGAUGAAAGGCAACUGCAGAAGCUGUAUACGUACAUCAAGAACAAUGAAAUGGAUAAGUUUCUGCAAUUAUGCUGUCCUUCAGAAAACCCAGAUUCAGUUCCAGGACUCAAAGAAAAGAAACCGAAGCAGCUUCAGAACAGUUGGGAUCUCCACAGAGGUGAGACCUGCAGGAACACCCAGGUCACAGAGACAGUCACUACCAACACCCCUGCCAAGUCACCGCCCUGCAGCAAGAAUGACAGAUGA